GCUCCACAAAACACCACCUCACAAUGAUGAACCACGCCAGAGUGUUUAAGAAGACCGCCCCCAACGGGAAGAUCACCCUGUAUGUGGAGCAGCGGGAACUGUGCAUCGGGGAGAACGGCAUCCAGCCCCUGCAAGGCAUCCUCUACGUUGACGCCAAUUACGUCAAGGAUAGGAAGGUCUUCGGACAGUUUGUUCUUACAUUCCGAUACGGUCGGGAAGACGAAGAGGUCAUGGGCCUCAGGUUCUGUAACGAGGCAUGUCUUCAGGCGCAGCAGCUUUGGCCGCAGCUCGAUGAAGAAUUCAGCCAAGAUGAUAAGAACCUCUCGCCCCUGCAGGACACGUUGGUGAAGAGGCUGGGCGCGGGAGCCGUGCCCUUCUCAUUCAACGUGUCUUCUCUGGCUCCUCCCUCUGUCACACUGCUGCCCGCACGCUCCUACGCUGGGGCACCCAUCGGGACUAACUAUGACCUGCGCAUCUUUGUGGGUGAGAACCCAGAGGACAAGCCACACAAGAGGUCGAGCAUCAGGAUGGGAAUGAAACUCUUCCAGUUGGCCCCUGAGAGCGAGAACGUCACCCCUUACGCCACUUUCUCCAAGCCUCUGCGCCUCGCCGACGGACAGGUGGAGUUAGAGGCGACUCUGGACAAGGCGGUGUACGACAGGGGCGAGGACGUGGGCGUGAGUGUGUCCAUCGCCAACCACUCGUCUAGGAACGUGAGGAAGAUCAAGGUGAUGGUGGUGCAGUAUGUUGAUGUGGCGAUGUUCAGUAACGGCAAGUUUAAGAACAUCGUGGCCUCUGUGGAGUCGACUGACGGCUGCCCUGUGCCUCCCGGGGCCAGGGUAAGCCGCCAGUUCCACCUGCACCCUGCCCGCGGCGUCAUCAAGAACUGGAUCGCCCUGGAGGAGUUCUAUGAUAGGGACAGCAUGCUGGCGUCUUCUGUGGCGCGGCCUGACGGGCAAGAGAGGAAUGUGUUCGCUAUCUACGUCAACUAUUAUGUGAAGGUCAAGCUCUUCACUAGUGCCAUCGGCGGGGAGGUGAGCGUCAAAGUGCCAUUUAAACUGAUGCGACGCUCUGGCACCGAGGACGCGGAGACCAACACGCCGCAGGUGACCGAGGAAACAACAGAUGGGGUCCAGAUUACUACCUCCCGGUCCAUGUUUGACCUCACGUCGAGGAACGGGCGCCGCGAGGCAACCCGGGCCCGUCGCUCACCGCCCUCUCGUUCCACCAGUGAAGACUCGGGCCGCUGCUCAGACGGAGGCCGACACUACCUCGACCCUGAACGAUUCCGGUCCGCCGUCCAGCUCCAAGGGCGGGAACGCAGCCACUUGGUGAACUCCGCCUGUUGAGCCGCGUGUGCCGCAUUCUUCAUGCCCUGCCAGCCCCUGCCUCGGGGCCCAACGCCAGGCAGGAGGCAAUGCGCGGCAGGUCAGCGGUGUGAGCUGACCAAUGUAUUCGUCUCUUCAAAGGAUGAAAAUUACAUUAUGAAAAGCUAUAUACGUAUAUCAACAUUAUCAAUAAAUAAAGGAACAAAAAAAUAUUUAUAAAAAUUAGAAUAUUCACUGAUACCAAAUCUUACAUUAUUUCAAUUUAUCUGAGAGAAUGAAAAUUAUACGAAUAUAAUCCGUAGUUGAGAAAGUGUUAGGUCAGUUCCCGACGUCUAAUUCAAACCUCAGGCACCUGUAGCUCAACGCAGAAUCUCAUCAUCUGUUUUACUGAGCCUCCAUACGUGCUUUAAAGUGGACACAAUCAGUGCUGCGAGAGGGAGUCGUCCAGCCAGGGGAGAGCGCCGCGAGAAGGACGACUGCUCUCUGGGGUUUCUUCCCCGGUGCACACCGCGCCUUCCUGCUUCUCCUUCACCCGCCUAGGGAGCUCUAGCCUGUCACAGGGGUGCCUUUCUGGCAAUUCUACUGGCAGCUUCUUUUUCUAAUCCUCUCUCUCUCCCAGCAUCUCUAGAAUGAAGCUGCAGAAGCGGUGCCUUGCCCACAAGCGCCGUUUGCAUAGCCAGUGGGAUACUGAACAAAGAAUAAUGAUAAUAACAUAUAUUUCUAUUCAGCUCCCAAUAAAAGUGCCUGUUGAAAAUAUUUCAAUCCUCUAUAAAUGUAUUAUGGAUAGAGAACAGCAAGGUAUUUAUAUACUCACAUUAAUAUAUAAAUAUAUAUUCACACAGCUAUAACUUAUGGGAAUUUAACGCCGUGGCGCGCCUCGUGCGGUCUCGUGUUCGUCACCACUCAGUGAAGUUUCAGUAGGAACCUAUCGAGCUGAACGGAGACAGCUUCAGACGUGGACACUUGGGCAGCCCCGCCUCCCUCCACCCUGCAGCCGCGCGGCUUGCGCUCCUUGGUGCUCAGAUGCUUUUUUGUACACGCCGAGGGUCGCCCCGCGCAUGGCUCCCCCACUCCUCCUCGCCGCGGGUUCCCGAGGAGAGAGGCCGUCACAGUAUUAGAAUUGAUGACGCUAGCAUAUUUUACAUAAAUUUACCAAAAAUCAAAACUUAAGGUAUUCAAAAGAUGACUUUAUAUAGCAGUAUACCCAAAUAUUUAUUGGUAUAUCUAUUUAAGUGCCAAUUCGGAACUAUUUAUGAUUGAGAGUAAAAUGAUGUAUGUUUUGAAUUUUGCUUCCAAAAAAAGUAAUCCAGUA